AUGAAAAAAUUUACCGCAUCAUUUGCCAAAAUGCCAAUUCUUCCUCUUCUCUCCUUCUUCCUCUUUCUGACCUUUGCAAACUCUGAGUCUCACUCUUUGCUGUAUGAUGAAGAGCAUGCAGUCCUACUGAAGAUAAAGCAAUACCUGCAAAAUCCAUCAUUCCUCCGUCACUGGAUCCCAUCAAACUCUUCACAUUGCACUUGGCCAGAGAUCAGAUGCACUAAUGGCUCAGUCACUUCACUGACUCUGUUGAACACCAACAUCACUCAAACACUGCCACCUUUCCUAUGUGACCUCAAAAAUCUCACACGUCUAGAUUUUCAGUGGAAUUUCAUUCCUGGGGAGUUCCCAACAUCUCUUUACAAUUGCUCCAAGCUUGAGUACCUUGACCUCUCACAGAACGUCUUUGUUGGUAAGAUUCCUGAUGACAUUGAUCACUUGGCUAGCCUGCGCUUUCUCAGCCUUGGUGGAAACAACUUCUCUGGUGAUAUUCCAGCCAGCGUUGGAAGGUUGAAGGAGCUAAGAAGUCUUAAACUUCAUCAGUGUCUUUUCAAUGGUACUUUCCCUGCUGAAAUUGGCAAUUUGUCGAAUCUGGAGUUGUUGCACGUGUUCUCAAACCACAUGUUCCCUCCGACAAAGUUGCCAUUAAGCUUGACCCAGUUGAACAAAUUGAAGUCCUUCUAUAUGUAUGAAUCCAACUUGGUAGGGGAAAUCCCCCAAACCAUUGGACGCAUGGUGGCAUUGGAGGAAUUGGAUUUAUCAAAAAAUGGUUUAAGUGGACAAAUUCCCGAUGGUUUGUUCCUGCUGCAAAAUCUGAGCAUACUGUAUCUUUACCGGAACAGCCUUUCUGGGGAUAUACCUGGAGUGGUUGAAGCAUUCAACUUGACAGAACUUGAUCUUUCAGAAAAUAAUCUUAGUGGGAAAAUACCAGAUGAUUUGGGAAAGCUCAACAAGUUAACAUACUUGAGUUUGUAUAUGAACCAAUUGUCAGGGACGGUACCAGAAAGCAUUGGUCGUCUGCCAGCCCUGACUGAUUUUGUUGUUUUUCUCAACAAUUUUUCAGGUACUCUUCCACCAGAUUUCGGUCGGAUCUCAAACCUUGAAACGUUUCAGGUUGCAUCCAACAGUUUCACAGGAAGGUUGCCAGAGAACUUGUGCUUCUAUGGAAGGUUAGUUGGUUUAACUGCUUACGACAAUAACCUUAGUGGGGAGUUGCCAGAAUCUUUAGCAACUUGCAGUAGCCUACAAUAUCUGAGGGUUGAAAACAAUGAGCUUUCUGGCAACAUUCCUAGUGGUCUAUGGACAUCUUUGCAUUUGUCAACAUUUAUGAUAAAUGAAAACAAGUUCACUGGUCAGCUUCCCGAAAGAUUGCCUGGGAAUCUUUCAGUCUUGGCCAUUAGUUACAAUCAGUUUUCGGGUAGAAUUCCACUUGGAGUGUCUUCCUGGAAGAAUAUUGUUGUGUUCAAUGCCAGUAACAACCUCUUCAAUGGCAGUAUUCCACAGGAGCUAACAUCUCUUCCUCACCUAACAACGCUUCUGCUUGAUCAUAACCAGCUCACAGGACCACUUCCAUCAGAUAUAAUAUCAUGGAAGUCCCUAAUAACUCUAGAUUUAAGACACAAUCAACUCUCUGGAGAAAUCCCACCUGCAAUUGCUAAGUCGUCUACCCUUAUUAUUUUGGAUUUGUCAGAAAACAGAAUAUCAGGCCAAAUUCCACUUCAACUAGCUCAUAUGAGACUCACAAAUCUCAAUCUGUCCUCCAAUAAUUUGGCAGGAAGGAUUCCAAGUGAAUUUGAAAAUCUUGCGUACGCUAGCAGCUUUUUGAACAAUCCGGGUCUCUGUACUGAUACUGCAGUACUAAACCUUAUCUUGUGCGAUUCUAGGCCUCAAAGGACAAGCAUCGAUAGAAGAUCUGCAUCUCAUGCUAUAAUCAUAAGCCUGGUGGUAGCAGCAUCCUUACUGGCUUUGUUGUCAUCAUUUUUGAUGAUCAGAGUUUACAGGAAAAGAAAGCAAGAAUUGAAAAGGUCAUGGAAGCUCACUUCCUUUCAAAGGCUUAGUUUCACAAAAGCAAAUAUCGUGUCCUCAAUGUCAGAACACAAUAUUAUUGGCUGUGGUGGGUACGGUGCAGUAUAUCGUGUCGGUAUUGAUGAUUCAAACUUUGUUGCAGUGAAAAAGAUAUGGAGUAGGAGAAAGUUAGAGGAGAAACUUGUAAGUUCAUUUCUUGCAGAAGUUGAAAUACUGAGCAAUAUUCGUCAUAACAACAUUGUGAAGUUGCUAUGCUGCAUCUCGAAUGAGGAUUCUCUUCUACUUGUCUAUGAGUAUCUUGAAAACCAUAGCCUUGAUAGGUGGCUGCACAACAAAAGUAAGCAAGCAGCUGUGCCAGGUUUAGUCCUUGAUUGGCCAAAGAGAUUGCAUAUAGCCAUUGGAGCAGCACAAGGUUUGUGCUACAUGCAUCAUGACUGCUUACCACCUGUCGUUCAUCGCGAUGUGAAAACAAGUAACAUUCUGUUGGAUUCUAAAUUCAAUGCAAAAGUUGCUGAUUUUGGUCUGGCCAAGAUGUUGAUGAAGCCAGAAGAACUUGCUACAAUGUCAGCUGUGGCUGGCACAUUUGGCUAUAUUGCUCCAGAAUAUGCUCAAACAACAAGAGUCAAUGAGAAGAUAGAUGUGUAUAGCUUUGGAGUUGUCCUAUUGGAACUGACAACUGGAAAAGAAGCUAAUCAUGGGGAUGAAUACUCAUCUCUGGCCGAAUGGGCGUGGCGCCACAUUCAGGUAGGGACAGAUGUAGAAGAUAUUUUGGAUAAAGAAAUUAAGGAAGCUUGUUACAUGGAUGAAAUCUGCAACAUAUUCAAACUUGGGGUCAUGUGCACUGCAACACUGCCUGCUAGUAGACCUUCCAUGAAGGAAGUCCUGAAAAUAUUGCUCACAUGCAGCAAUCCAUUCACCAAUGGAGAGAAUAAUGUUGGUUUCUAUGAUUCUAUUCCACUUCUUAAGAACUCAAAAUGGGAAAAGCAGGUGGAAUAUUAUACUGAUGAUGAUUGA